GCCGGGCUCCAGCGGGUCGGAGCGGCGGUAGCGGCGGGGACCCGGGGACUGGCGGACUGACGGGCGGACGGGCCAUGUCGCCCCGCAUCUGCUGAACCUGGAGUGCCCGAGGAUGUCUGCGCUGAGGAAGGCCUUCCCACCAUCCGAGGCCCGGCCGUAGCAGCCCAGGUUCCCAGCAGCUGCCCUCGAUCGCCCGGCCUGCGCCGGCUCUGCCGCCAUGGGGACCGCUCAGGUUUUGCCUGGCAUUCUGCAGAAGCAUUGCUGUAUCUUACCAGACAGGAACACAGAGUCGCAGUGUACCCUCUGCGGAGAGCCGGAAGAGGAGGAGGGCGCGGACCUGGCCCAGCCAGGCAUCAGCUUCCCGGGGCCAGCCGAGGACGACUCAGACCAGCAGUAUUCAUGGUCCCCGACUCCGCACUUCAAUGAAGAGAGGUACUCCCCCGCACCAAGGACUAUGAAGGGCUUAUCCGGUAGUCGGAACCCGCCGCUGUGCUCCGGCCACACGUGUGGCCUGACGCCGCCCGAGGACUGCGAGCUGGGCCACCUGCACCAUGGGCCCGAGGCGCGGCCGCCCUACCUGCUCAGCCCCGCCGACAGCUGCCCGCUGGAGCACCACCGCUGCUCCCCGCGGACCUCCAUCCACUCCGACUGCGUGAUGCUGCCGGUGGUGCUGGGCGACCACGUGUCCAGCAGCACCUUCCCCCGCAUGCACUACAGCUCCCACUACGACAGCAGGGACGACUGCGCCGUGGCCCACGCGGGCGCCAAGAUCAACCGCAUCCCGGCCAACCUGCUGGACCAGUUCGAGAAGCAGCUUCCGCUGCACCGGGACGGCUUCCACACGCUGCAGUACCAGCGCGCCUCCGCGGCCGCCGAGCAGCGCAGCGAGAGCCCCGGCCGCAUCCGGCACCUGGUGCACUCCGUGCAGAAGCUCUUCACCAAGUCCCACUCGCUGGAGGGCUCGUCCAAGGGCCACGUCAACGGCACCAGGGCCGACGGCAGGGCGGACGAGCACGCGCACGGCCACCACGCCAAGCACGGCCGGCGGAGCAAGAGCCGCGAGCGCAAGGUGGAGGGCCGGCCGCGCGGGGGCCCGGGCAGCUGGUGGGGCUCGGACGACAACCUGGACAGCGACAGCACCUGCCGCGCCUCCAGCGCGCUCGGCCGGCCUCACGCCGAGCCCGCGGCCCGCUGCUACCCCGACGCGCUGCCCGGCCCCUUCGGGGACCUCUCGCUGCGGACCUCCAAGAGCAACAACGACGUCAAGUGCUCGGCGUGCGAGGGCCUGGCCCUGACGCCCGACGCCAAGUACAUGAAGCGCAGCUCCUGGUCCACGCUCACCGUGAGCCAGGCCAAGGAGGCCUACCGCAAGAGCUCCCUUCACCUGGACAAGCCGCCCGGGCCCCCGGAGCUGAAGCCGCCGCUGCGGCCCUGCCACUACCUGCAGGUGCCCCAGGACGAGUGGGGAGGGCGCCCCCUGGGGGGCAGAGACGACGAGAUCCCCUGCAGGAGGAUGAGGAGCGGGAGCUACAUCAAAGCCAUGGGCGAUGAGGACAGCGGGGACUCGGACUCCAGCCCCAAGACGUCCCCCAAGCUGGCCCUCCGGCCGGAGCCCCUGCUCACAUCCAUCGGACAGAGGCCGCUGGGAGACCUCCAAACCCAGAGCUACCUGCAAGCUGCCAGCGACGGGCCUGCCAGCCAUGGGCUGGACCCCUCUGCCAACUACAACUCCCCGAAGUUCCGCUCCCGGAACCAGAGCUACAUGCGCGCUGUCAGCACCCUCAGCCAGGCCAGCUGCGUGAGCCAGAUGAGCGAGGCUGAGGUCAACGGGCAGUUUGAGUCGGUGUGCGAGUCAGUCUUCAGCGAAGUGGAGUCUCAGGCCAUGGACGCGCUGGACCUCCCGGGAUGCUUCCGGACACGGAGCCACAGCUACCUGCGCGCCAUUCAAGCGGGCUACUCCCAGGACGAUGAGUGCCUGCCCCUGACCAUCCCCGCUGACAGCGCCUCCACCAUCAGGCCCACAGCCAGCGUCUCCUACGCCAGCUACAAGAAGACGCCACCGCCCGUGCCCCCCCGCACCACCUCCAAGCCCUUGAUCUCAGUGACGGCGCAGAGCAGCACGGAGUCCACGCAGGAUGCCUACCAGGACAGCCGCGCCCAGAGGGUGGCCGCCUGGCCCCCGGACGGCCGCAGCCUCUACAACUCCACGGACAGUCUGGACAGCACCAAGGCCAUGAGCUUGGCCCUGGAGACGGCCGCGGCCCAGCGCCACGCCUCCGAGGGCCAGGGAGGCGCCACGCGGACCGGCGACAAGGCCAUCCUGGCGUCCAAGGCCGAGGAGUUCCUCAAGAGCCAGCGCUCCUCCAUUGGGGUCCAGGAUUCUGAAUUCCCAGAGCAUCAGCCAUACCCAAGGUCAGAUGUGGAGACAGCUACAGACUCCGACACGGAGAGCCGGGGGCUGCGGGAGUACCACUCGGUGGGCGUCCAGGUGGAAGAUGAGAAACGACACGGACGCUUCAAGCGCUCCAACAGCGUGACGGCUGGGGUGCAGGCGGACCUGGAGCUGGAGGGCUUCCCAGGACACGUCGCCACGGAGGACAAGGGCCUGCAGUUCGGGUCCUCCUUCCAGAGGCACUCGGAGCCCAGCACCCCCACGCAGUAUGGGGCAGUGCGCACCGUCCGGACCCAGGGGCUCUUCAGUUACCGGGAGGACUACCGGACCCCCGUGGACACUGCCAGCCUGCCCCCUCCCGACCCCUGGCUGGAGCCGGCCCUGGACUCAGUGGACGGCGGGCGCGCGUCCCCGUGCCACAGGGACGGCGCGUGGUUCCUGAAGCUGCUGCACACGGAGACGAAGCGGAUGGAAGGCUGGUGCAAGGAGAUGGAGAGGGAAGCCGAGGAGAACGACCUCGUGGAGGAAGUCCUCGGCAAGAUCCGGAGCGCCGUGGGGAGCGCCCAGCUGCUGAUGUCCCAGAAGUUCCAGCAGUUUUACUGGCUCUGCCAGCAGAACAUGGACCCCAGCGCCAUGCCCAGGCCCACCUCCCAGGAUCUGGCCGGCUACUGGGACAUGCUGCAGCUGUCCGUUCAGGACGUCAGCAUGAAGUUCGACGAGUUGCACCAGCUGAAGCUCAGCGACUGGAAGGUGGUUGAGUCCCCGGAGAGGAAGGAAGAAAGAAAGGUCCCCCCUCCAAUACCAAAGAAGCCCCCCAGAGGGAAACUCCCCAUCACCAGAGAGAAAUCUCUGGACCUGCCGGACAGACAGCGGCAGGAGGCGCGGAGGCGGCUGGCGGCGGCCAAGAGGGCGGCGUCCUUCCGCCAGAGCUCUGCCAGCGAGCGGGCCGACAGCAUCGAGAUCUACAUCCCCGAGGCCCAGACGCGGCUCUAGGGCGGGGCCUUAGCCGUGCCAAGCGCCAUCCCCUCGUCACUCCAGUCUCAUUCCUCCAGUGAGUCCGCCCCGCCGUCAUGUUUGUGCCAUAAACACCCUGGAGCGCCAGGACGUCCGAGCUCGCGGCCACAGCGACU